AUGUCAGUAGGACAGAUAGAUCCAGGAUCCGCAGUGUAUGCGCAGGACGAGAAUGGACGGCCGUUCAUCAUUGUCCGGGAACAGGGCAAGAAGGUCCGGACUCACGGCCUAGAAGCUAUCCGGAGUCACAUCCUGGCGGCCCGUGCAGUGACCAACAUCAUCAAGUCUUCUCUCGGACCCCGAGGCCUCGACAAGAUCCUCAUUUCCCCAGACGGAGAUAUCACCGUGACGAAUGACGGCGCGACGAUCCUGGGGCAGAUGGAGGUGGAGCAUCAGAUUGCGAAGCUGUUGGUGGAGGUCAGUAAGAGCCAAGAUGAUGAGAUUGGGGAUGGGACGACGGGGGUCGUAGUCCUGGCCGGCGCACUCCUCUCCUCCGCCCUGACUUUGCUCGACCGCGGUAUCCACCCUAUUCGGAUAGCGGACGGGUACGAGAAGGCGUGCGAGGUGGCUAUCCAGGAGCUGGACCGCGUUGCUGACCGGAUCGAAUUCAGCAAGGACGACUUGAGCAAUCUCAUGAAGACCGCCAAGACGUCACUCGGCUCCAAGAUCGUGUCGAUAGCCCACGACAAAUUCGCACAAAUAGCAGUCGACGCCGUCCUGUCCGUCGCCGACCUCGCGCGCAAAGACGUCUCGUUCGACCUCAUCAAGGUCGACGGCAAAGUCGGCGGCGCCCUUGAAGACACGUCGCUCGUCAAGGGCGUCGUAGUCGACAAGGACAUGUCGCACCCCCAAAUGCCGAGUACCGUGCGGGAUGCGAAGAUUGCGAUUUUGACGUGUCCGUUUGAGCCGCCCAGGCCCAAGACGAAGCACAAGCUGGAUAUUGAGAGUGUGGAGGAGUACAAGAAGCUGAGGGAGUAUGAGAAGGAGAAGUUUUUGGAUAUGAUCAAGAAGGUCAAGGACACGGGGGCCAACCUUGUUAUCUGUCAAUGGGGCUUUGACGACGAGGCGAACCAUCUUCUCAUGCAGAAUGAUCUCCCCGCUGUUCGAUGGGUCGGCGGACCCGAGAUUGAGCUCAUCGCUAUCGCGACCAACGGCCGCAUCGUACCCCGGUUUGAAGACCUCACUGCCGACAAGCUCGGCCGGGCGGGUCUCGUACGCGAGAUGACAUUCGGAACGACGAGGGAUAAGAUGCUGGUCAUUGAGGAGUGCGCGAAUACGAGGGCGGUGACGAUCUUUGUGAGGGGGAGUAACAAGAUGAUUAUCGACGAGGCCAAGCGGGCGCUGCAUGAUGCGCUCUGCGUGGUCCGCAAUCUCGUGACGGAUAACAGGGUGGUAUAUGGAGGCGGAGCGGCAGAGAUCUGCGCGAGUAUCGCAGUGGCCAAGAAGGCUGAUGAGAUCCCAUCGAUAGAGCAAUACGCCAUGCGCGCAUUCGCUACCGCCCUCGAUGCCAUCCCGCUCGCGCUCGCCGAGAACUCUGGGCUGAGCCCGAUUGAUACCCUGGCGGACGUCAAGAGUCGGCAGGUUACCGAGGGGAACCCGAGAUUAGGGAUUGACUGUUUGGGCAAGGGAGAAAAUGACAUGCGGAGUCAGCACGUCUAUGAUCCGUUGAUCAGUAAACGCCAGCAAUUUUUGCUCGCUACGCAGGUGGUGAGGAUGAUCCUGAGGGUAGAUGAUGUGAUUGAUGCGUCGGCUUUCCAAGCUGAAUAG